UUAGAAAAAAAAGGGAUGAACAUGAAGCUACUCAAGAAACUCCAUCUUCUUCAAUUCUUACUCCUAUUCAAUCUCAUAUUAGGUUCUUCUAUACACCAUCAUAAUCAUACAAAAUACUAUGGGAAUAUCACAACUCAACCACCUUUCUUGACUUCAAAUUCUUCUAUACCUUCUAUAGUAAGGAUAUCUGUUAACAUUCCAAAUCAUGUACCAGAGAUUUGCAAAGGGUGUGAAAAGCCUAAUGGUAGCUGUGGUGCUGGGUUGAAUUGUUUGUGUCAUCCAAAAGAGUGCAAAGACAAGGUUAUUUCGAAGGUUGGAUCCAUAAAAUCUACUGGAAAUGUGUUUUUCUCUUUGCUUUCUUUAAUCGGUACAAUAGCCUUUCUCAUGCAUGCUUAAGUCUAACAAGCUUAUCCACGGAUCGAAUUAUUAGUAUAAAUUUUAAAUCACGGUUGCAGUUGUGCCAUCGUUCUUGAUGUUGCGGAGAAUCAAAGUGAAAAAUGGCUGAUGCAGCUUCAAUGAAGAUCAGAUUAUGGUAGCAGAGGCACAAAAAAAUCUUAAUUUUACGGCCUAAAUCAAAUAUGUAGACCUUAAUUUCUUGCUCAUCAUGAAUAUGUUAUCUAAUAUCUAUUGUUGUUGAA